UUUUAUAAAGCUGAGAUGAUGGAAAGAAUAAGAAAAGAGAUGAUCCUGAUGGAGAGAGGGCUGCACAGCCCUACAGCUGGCAAAAGGCUCUCGAAUUUGUCAGACUCAGCUGGAAAUGCGGUGCUGGAGGCCCUUGAAAAUUCUCCGCACAGUGGUCGCCUCAGCCCGAGACUGACUGCCGCCUCCCUGCACAGCGCUAUAGGGGACAUCUCCGCCAAAGGCAAAUUUGAAAUAGACACUUUAUUCAAUCUUCAGCAUCCCAGCAGUGAAAGCACCGUCUCCUCCGAAAUCCCGCCGUCGGAAAGCAGGAAGAAAAUCAACCUUUAUUCCGAAGUUGCUCAAGAGGCAGAUAUGAACAGUGAUGUGGAGGUGGGCUGCUCCGCGCUCCGCUCCCCAGCCAGCCUCACUUCCUCCCAGCUGAAGGAAAACAGCUACGCGGAGAGCAGCCCGGCGCCCAGCACCCCCGCCGCCACCGCCCCCUCCGCCGCCGGCGGCAUCGGCAGCCUACACAGUGGCGGGGCGCUGGGCGGCUCGGCGGCGGGGGCCGACCAGGUGCGGCGGUACCGGACCGCCUUCACCCGCGAGCAGAUCGCCCGCCUCGAGAAGGAGUUUUACCGGGAGAACUACGUGUCACGGCCGCGGCGCUGCGAGCUGGCCGCCGCCCUCAACCUCCCCGAGACCACCAUCAAGGUGUGGUUCCAGAACCGACGGAUGAAGGACAAGAGGCAACGCCUGGCCAUGUCUUGGCCUCACCCGGCCGACCCCAGCUUCUACACCUACAUGAUGACCCACGCCGCGGCCACAGGCAGUCUGCCAUAUCCCUUUCACUCCCACGUCCCGCUCCACUACUACCCGCACGUCGGGGUGACCGCCGCCGCCGCUGCCGCUGCCGCCUCGGGGGCAGCCGCCGCCCCCUUCGCCACAUCCAUCCGCCCGCUGGACACCUUCCGGGCCCUCUCGCACCCCUACUCCCGCCCGGAGCUGCUCUGCAGCUUCCGACAUCCCGGCCUCUAUCAGGCACCGGCCACCGCCGGCCUCAACAGCAGCGCGGCCGCCUCGGCGGCGGCAGCGGCGGCGGCAGCAGCAGCUGCGGCGGCGGGGUCGGGGCCACCGGGGGGCUCGGCGCCCUGCUCCUGCCUCAGCUGCCACAGCAGCCAGACGGCGGCAGCGGCAGCGGCGGCGGCCUCGGCGCUGAGCUCACGGGGCGCCGCCGCCGCCGACUUCCCCUGCACGGCGGCGGGGCAGCGGUCCGAGAGCGGCUUCCUGCCCUACUCGGCCGCCGUGCUCAGCAAGGCCGCAGUCGCCUCGCCGGACCAGCGGGAGGAGGCGCCGCUCACCAGAUAA